AUGUUACCGAUCGAUAGUUCGCGAAUAGACGAUUAAACUGUGAGCGAGUCCAGCUAACCGAUAAUAUAAUCGAGUGUCUAUCAGUCCCAUUACUUUGUUCGUUUUGUUUUAUUCGUUUUUUUGUUUGCCCUGUAGUGACCAGAAAUGUCGACAUUAAAUCGUCCCAAGUCGCCGCACACGCCCACGACAAUCAAGAAGGGCGAAAAGGAGGAUAGCUUUUGGGAUAAAUUCAGCACACUCGGACGGAAACGCGGCACUCGCGAAGUCAAGAAAGUCCAAGAGGAAGGCAAAUACGCAAUCGACUCCCCAGGCUCGCCCAGUCAGUUCGACAUACCGCCCGAGGAUUAUGCGCUGCGCGAGCAUGAGCAGCGCGCUGUCAUCGAUCCCCAAUCGAGUAACGAUCCGGAGGUGCUAAAACUGCAACAGAUACUGAUCGAUUGGAUCAAUGAUGAGCUCGCCGAGCAGCGCAUCAUUGUGCAGAAGCUCGAUGAGGACAUGUACGACGGCCAAGUGCUGCACAAGCUCUGGGAGAAGCUGACCGGCAAGAAACUGGACGUGCCAGAAGUCACACAGUCCGAGCAGGGUCAGCACGAGAAACUGAACAUUGUGCUUUCAGCUGUCAAUCACACACUUGGUUUCCAUCAGAAGAUACCGAAAUGGUCGGUGGCCAGCGUGCACUCGAAAAAUAUUGUGGCCAUAUUGCAUUUAUUGGUCGCUUUGGUGCGUCAUUUCCGUGCACCAGUUCGCCUGCCAGAGAAUGUCUUUGUCACCGUGGUGAUUGCCGAGAUGAGCGCCGGUUUUAUGAAUGCACAGAAAUAUCAGGAGCAAAUCACGUCGGAGUACGAUGAUCUGGGCAUGCGUUGCGAGAAGGAUGCAUUCGAUACGUUGAUUGACUGUGCACCCGAUAAACUGGCCGUUGUGAAGAAGUCGCUGAUUACCUUUGUCAACAAGCAUUUGGCCAAGCUGAACUUCGAGAUCAACGACCUGAACACAGACUUUCGGGAUGGCGUCUAUCUGUGCCUGCUGAUGGGUCUGCUGGGCGGGUUUUUUGUUCCGCUGCACGAGUUCCAUCUGACGCCGCAGGAUCCCGAUCAGAUGGUCAACAAUGUGGCCUUCGCUUUCGAUCUGAUGCAGGAUGUCGGUCUGCCGAAGCCAAAGGCACGCCCCGAGGACAUUGUCAAUAUGGAUCUGAAGUCAACACUACGUGUCCUCUACAGCCUGUUCACCAUGUUUAGGGACUACGCUUAGCUGAUCUAAACGUCAUCCACAUUCGGCGUCUUAUAACUUUGUUAUCAAUUAAUGAUUAAUGCAUGCCCAAAUCGUAAAUGGAAUUCAACUUCAAUGAAACAAAACGAAACAACCCGUGCGUCCUAACUAUUUAUAUUGAUUAUAUGUGUGUGUCUAACCCGUUGCAAGAUGCUGGCCCAGUUGGCCGGCAAUAAAGCUAACCCGCUCGAUUGUUAACUUGUAUUUACCAUUGAUACCAUGCCGUAGUUGUUACUAAAUGAAUUUAUACAUUACAUUUUAAUUAAUAAAUGUGCCUUUGACAA